GUUUGUUUUUAAAAGUUGAAGAAGUCUUAUUUAUUGUAAUUUGUUAAUAAAAAUAUGAAGAGAACAUACAGAUCUAAAAAAGAAACUGGGGGUUGUCUGGACCCUCGUGAUGUUGUGCUUGCAAUGGAUGAAAAGGCUUCCGUCUUUGAUGCUUUCUAUAUAAAAAAUAUUAAACAAACCAAGCGAGAGAUGUCUGUCGGAGCGUCAAUGUUUGCUGCAUCCAAUAAAGUCCGUAAAAGGAAAUAUGUGAAACGGCUGAAGGACCAAGAGCCUAUAAGAGACACUGGAGAAUCUUCGACAAGAUCUGGUUAUUUAACUCCGGACAAAUCUAUACAUUUAAAACGAGCGCUUGAUCCAUUUGAUCUUCUUCUGAACUCGUCGUCAACGAAUAGUGUAACUUCACAGCCAGUUAAUAAUGUCUUUAGUCCACUGUGUACCAGAGGGAAAGGAAAAUCAUACAGAAAGAAAAAGCCCUUUAAGAAAAAGUUUCAAUUUUCUAGCAGGGAAACAGAUUCAUGUGAAGAAAAUGACAGCAGCAAAAGUAAUCUAACUCAAAACCUAUCAGAUGUUCUUAGUCACAAAUUAGAAAUAGAACAAGAGGAAAAGAUUAUUCCAGCAGAUAUAGACCAAUCUAUUAAUAAUAUAGUUAACGAUUUAUCCUUAUUAGACAAAAUACAGAACUUAAAUUCUGUGAGUUACUUAUCAUCAACUGUUAAAGAUAAUUCGAGUUUGUCACUGGUGAAAUCGCCAUUAUGUAGUACACCAUUUCAUAAAAAAUAUAGAGGCAAAUCAAUUUACAAACUUUCACCCAUUUCUUUAUGUGAUAAUAAUAUAAUGAGACCUGAGAAAUUUAAGGAAACUUAUGAAGUAGAGGAUAAAAAUUAUGAAAAUAGUAUUAAAAAUGCAACUAUUUCAUUUCAAUCUCCAGAACAAAAGAACAUGGCUGACAUUGAGAUUAAUUCUCCAAUAUUGCAGACCAGAGAUGUAAUUGAUAAAAAUAAAUUGAAAGAAGUAGAAAUGCUUAAACACUAUAGCCAAUUAUCAUUACUACAAACAAGUGAGGAAGAACCAUUCCUGGGCUUCUCAACAAGUACUUCCAAAAGCACACAAAACAUACAUUUAGAAGCAAUAAUGAAUAAGUAUAAAGAAAUGAAGAAAAAAACAUGUGAUGGUCUGCAAUUAAGCCUAUCUUAUGGAGAGAUAACUAAAAUUGCUGAAAUGGACAUCAGCAACAUGAAGGAAAAUAAGAAUAAUCCAUAUUCAAAUGUAGAACAUGAUAAUGAAGCAAAUCCAAGUCCCCAUACUACCAAUGAUUCAAUUACAGAAAAAUCAUUUGAAAACGUAAAAAGCAAACAACUGCUGUCAAAUAUAAUUUCCAAAACAACAAAUACACUUGAAAAUAAUAAAAGCAGAAAUGAGAUUAGUUUAGGGGAUAAAACUAUUCAAUAUCAUCAGUUAGAACAAGAUAAUAUAAAUGAAUCUCUUGAUGAAACAUCAAGUCUUGCCCAUUCAGAAGGUAACAGCAUUAAUGACUCUGAGUAUAGUGUUAAUGAACCAAAUACUUCUGAACCAAUCUAUCAAAUAUAUUCAACGCAAAAUAAUAUUGCCGAGAAUGAAGUUGAAAUUUUUGAACCAAGUCAAACGUAUUCAGGAGAAAACAGUUUUAACGAAAAUGAACAUUCAAAUGAAGAAGAUUAUUCACUAUCAAGUCAAGCAUAUCUGAAAGAAAAUAGUAUUAUCGAUGGUGAAAUAGAUUCAAAUGAAGAAAAUACUUCAGAACAUAAACAAACAGAGCCAAAUAGCACUAUCAUUAUAGAAUAUAGUUUAAAUGAUAAAAAUACUUCUAGUAAUAGUACAGAUAAUGAAUCCUUUUAUGAAUCUUGUAAUAGUGAGAAUGAAAUAUCUGAAAUGGCAACAGAUAAUAAAGAACUAUUAGUUGUCCUUGAAAGACUUAAUGACUCGUUAUUUAAUAAAUAUAACACAAAAGAGGCUGAUUCGAGUUACGAUUCAUCACAAAGUGAUGAAAGAAAUUACGAAUCGUACUCUAGUGAGAUUAGCAGUAGUAAAUAUACUAGUAUUAAUGAAAAUGACUCUCUUUUAGAAUGCAUAAAGUCUUCAAGUGAUGAAGAAUCUCAGGAAAAUGAUUUACGAGAGGAUAUUAAGAUGAAUUUAUCCAAUACUGCCGUAAAUGAAGAUUAUAACUACGAAAAUAAUAAAUCUGAUGAGGAACCGUUUGUUAGUUUUGUAACAAAAAGGAAAAGAAAUGAAAUAACUAAAGAUUCAUUCUUAUUAUCUUUCGAGGAUUCUCCUACCAGUUCAAGUAGUGGCGAUUUCGAUAAGACUGUACUUAGUAAAAAUAAAUUUAGUAUAGGUAGCUUACAAGAAUAUAAUGAUAACACUCUUAUAAGUGACGCAUGUAAAAUUAAUAAUGUUUCAGCAGAUAAUAUUUGUGAUAGCCAAUUUUUAUUAGAAAAAGAAAAUACUAUCAUUGAAGCUGAUGGUCAGAAUGAAAUACCACAGUUGACAGAAAUGAAGAGAUCAAGUGGAAACAUUGCUGUUUUGAGGAAAAGUUUUAAGUUAUCAGAUAGUGUUGAUAGAAAAUCUGUUCCUUCAAGAAAUAGGAAGUCUAGGACUAUUACAAUUAGAAAAAGUAACAAAUCAAAAGUAUCAAUAGAUAGUGUUAGUAGACAAUCUAUUCAUGAAGAAAAUGAUAUUCUUUCAAGAAAUAGUGUACCUCACACUAAUGUCACAACAAGAAAAAGUUCUAGAUUGUAUAGAGAAAGUCUUAAUACAACACCUACAUUAACAGCGCAAGAAGUAGCACCUCAGAAAUUUGGUGGGAAAACCUGCCAAAAUAUGGAUAAUGAUAUAUCUACAUGCAAUAUUAAACAAGGUAUAGUCCUAGAGCCUGGCAAAAGAUGGGAAAGAUCACUGAGUAUUUACAGAAGGGUGACCACAAUGGGUGAUCAAUUUGAUCAGUCAAUAUUAGAUGAAGAGCAAAUAAACAAUAAAGGGAGGAAGUAUCGUCAAAGUGUCAUCAAUACUAUAGAAAUGCAGGACAUCUCAGUUUCACUUCACAAUGAAUCAAUUAAAAGCCGCAGAAGUACUAUCUACUCUAAACCUAGCAGGUCUACCAUUAAAAUUUUGAGAGAAUCUAAUGCUUCUAGAAUAAGUUUAUCUACUACAGCAUAUGAUGAUUUAGGAUUUUUGACAGAAGACUGUGAUGAUACGAUUGUCGAGCUAUCGAAACUCUCGAUCAUCGACUCUGAGCAUGAGGUUACUUUGCUAGACAAGUUUAAUGAUACGUCGAACCGAAUAACCACCGCUCGCGACUACGUCCUGCGACGCUGCAAUCAAACGGACGUUAUACCGUUUGAUGAAUGCUAUCCAGAUCCGGUUCUGAAGAACUGCCGCAAGAUCGGCGAGGGUGUGUACGGCGAGGUAUUCCUGUGGCGCGCUGCGGAUGGGAGGGCUCGCGUGCUGAAGAUAGUGCCUAUAGCUGGCGACACCAAAGUCAAUGGAGAGAGCCAGAAGGACUACCACGAGAUUAUAUCUGAAAUUGUGAUUGCUAUGGAAUUGAGUGCACUGCGCGCUCCUAUAAUCGAUAUUGAAAAACAUUUAGAUGAAGGGCAGGGUGUCGAAACUUUGGAUUUACAUUCUGUAGAGAAUGCCACUGAUGUUUUCAAUGAGGUUCUAGCAGUACGCUGUGUAUACGGUAGCUAUCCGUCCCGCUUGCUCGACCUGUGGGAGUUGUAUGACGAGUGCAAGGGCUCCGAGAACGACAAUCCAGCCAUAUUGCCCGUGGAGCAGCAGUUCAUGGUGCUGGAGCUGGCCAACGCAGGCGAAGAUCUCGAGAGCUACCAGUUCCACAACGCAGAGCAGGCGUACGCACUCUUCAAGCAGGUGGCUUUCGGUCUAGCGGUUGCUGAGGAGUCUUUCCAGUUCGAGCAUCGCGAUCUUCACUGGGGAAACGUAUUAAUAGCACCCACUGAGCAGAAGUACGCGACGUUCGUGCUCCGCGGGCGCACGUACCGCGUGGCCCGCCGCGGGGUGGCCGCCACCAUCAUCGACUACUCGCUCUCCCGCCUGUCUCUCCAGCUGCCAUCCGCAGACACCGCCGCGCUGUACAACGACCUGGCAACCGACGACGGGCUGUUCGACGCCGUGGGAGACUACCAGUUCGAGGUGUACCGCCUUAUGAGGGACAAGCUUGGUAAUGAUUGGAAGAAUUACGAGCCCUACACGAACAUACUGUGGCUGCACUACACUGUGGAUAAAAUGAUAACGGCCCUCCGCUACACCAGGACCAACACGAAGAUUCACAAACAUUACAUUGCCAAGCUGAAGGAGAUCAAGAAUCGAAUCCUGGACUACGGGAGCGUGGUCCAGUACGUCCUUACUGACAACGAACUAUAAGAACGAAUUAAAAUUAUGCUAGAUUAACAAAAAUUUAACUAUAAAUGUAAUUUUUCACAUAUAAUAUUUCAAUAUGGGUGACAUUACUACUCGUAGCACUUUAUGCGAUUGUUAUAAAAGUAUUCCUGACACAAAUCUCUUGAAUUAUGAUGAUGUAAAUAGUAACGUUUGCUUUGAUAAAUUUGUUAAAGUUUUAGCUAAAGGUAUUAUUUACAAUAUUGUUAUCGCAUUGAACCAAUAUCAGCAGAGAGGGGCCUUCUUACAAAAGGUAGUGCCUUUGUUCAGGUUAAAUAAAUUCAAAUACUAUAUACUAA